AUGAGUGCACAUGUUGAGGUCAUAUUCGACAACUCAGACAACAGAAUUCCGGUGGACGAGAGGGAGGUUCGAUUGAAACGCAAAGUGGGGCGAAAGAAGGAUGAGUACUUUCUGCAGAACAAAAAGACAACAAAAUCUGAGGCUGUCAACCUUCUUGAGAGUGCUGGGUUUUCACGAUCCAAUCCGUACUACAUUGUUCAGCAGGGGAAGAUUGUGGCGAUGUCAACAAUGAAUGGCCGUCAGCGCUUGGAGCUCAUCAAAGAGGUUGGAGGCACACGCAUUUAUGAAGAACGCCGGAAGGAGACAUUGAAGAUUAUGGAAGAAGCGGAGCGGGAUUGUGCUCAGAUUGCAGACCUGACAAAUAGCAUUGAACAGAAACUGCGAGAUCUCGAUGCGGAAUAUGAGGAGUUCCAACAAUACCAGACAGUCAACAAGAGGAGGAAAGUUGUGGAAUACAAACUCUGCAGAAAGCAACUCAGCAGUGCUGAAGAUGAAGUGAAAAAGUUGGAUGCCCGACGAGAGGCAGCAAAUAAAAACAACACCAAAGUACAAGAGGAAAUCCGUGGCUCACAAGCAAGGCUGAAAUCCCUGGACAAGGAGCGGAAGGGCUUGGUUCACAAAGAGGCCACAUUGUCCAAGGAGCUGGCAGCUGUCAGAAAGAACAAAACAGCAUGCCUGCACAGGAAAACUAAGGCUGGCUUGGAUGUUAAGGAGGUGGAGGAAGAGAUGGCAAGUGCCGACGUGGCACACAAACGUGCUGAAGAAGAGCUGGUGGUUGUUAGGCAAGAAAUUGAUGACCAGGAGCAACAGCUUGAUCAGGUGUGUGACGAAUUGAGGGCUGUUGAGCGCAAGGAAGCAGAAGCGAGCAAGGCUGUUGAGGAAUGCGAUUGCCGGCUUCAAAGCUUGUACCAAAAGCAAGGGCGGGGUUCCCAGUUUUCCAGUGCAAAGGAGCGUGAUGCGUGGAUAAAAAGGGAAGUGGCUGCACUGCGGGACUCUGUUGGGAAAAAGCAAGCAAAUGUGGAGGGCCUUCAAGACCAGAUUGAGAAGCUCAGUGGGCAGCUGAUGGAGUUGUCGCAGGAUAUUGGGGACAAAGACUCUUCCCUGAAGGACAAGGUGAAGGAAUUGGAGCAGUGCACUCAGAAAUGUGCUGAUCUGAAACGGAAACAGGAAGAACUGACGAACAAGAGAAGGGCGCUGUGGCGUCAGGAGUCAGAACUGGAAGAGAAGGCAAAAGAACUGACCUUUGAGCAUGAAAGGAGGCGUAAGCACCUGGAGAAAAUAAUCGGAUCAGGAGUGAAUCAUGGCCUCAAUUCUGUCAAGAGGAUCGUGAUGGCACACAACAUACCAGGGGUGCAUGGGCCUUUGAUGGAGCUGUUCAAAUGCAACCCUCAACUUUUCACUGCUGUUGAGGUUGCUGCUGGUAAUUCUCUGUUCAAUGUGGUUGUGGACACGCACGAAAUCGCGCUGAAGAUCAUCAGCUACUUGAACAGCGAAAAAGCAGGGCGUGUGAAGUUCAUGCCACUGGACAGGCUGGUGCCAAAGAUGGGGCACGCUCCCAGUAAGUACGGCACGGAUGUCGUCCCCAUGGUCAAGAACCUCAAGUACGAUCCCAAGUUUGAGAAGGCCAUAGGCGAGAUUUUUGGCAAAAAGAUGAUCUGCAAGACCAUCGACAUCGCUUCAGAGGUCGCCAAGUCUUAUCAACUUGACUGUGUGACUAUGGACGGUGAUCAAGCUGGCAGGAAGGGCGCCCUGAGUGGGGGUCACUAUGACCCGGGCAGGUCUAAGCUUGAGGCCUUCCUGCACUUGAGACAGGCCAAAAAGGAGAGUGACGAGGCCUGCAGAAAGAAGGAGAAGAUUGUGGCAGCUGUGCUGGACGUCGACCAGAGCAUAAGCCACCUGAUGGGAGAGACCCAAAAGCUGGAAGCCAAAGUGGAGCGUCUGAGGCAGACAAUCCGGGAGGCACGACACGAAUUGGAAGGCCUCCGAAAUAAGGAAGUGGAACUAAGCCGUGUUCAAGACACAAAGGAACAGGCCAUCAAGGAGCUCCAAGCCAGUACUGAACGCCUCCAGGUUCAAAUAUCUGAACUCAGUGCUGAGUUGGGCACACGUCUGUUGUCACAUUUGACUGAUGCAGAACAGGCUGAGCUGGCAAAGCUGGCACCAGAACUUCAGAACCUGCGGAAGCAGAUCACAUCGUUGCAUGUUGAACACAUGAAAGUGCAGACUCGGAAGCAACAGGUCGAGGAGGUGUUGAACAGCAACCUGAGAAGGCGAUGCGAAGAGCUGAAACGUAGUGUGGAGGGGUACGACUUCAAGGCAGGCAAAGAGCAGUUGGAAGACAAGCAGAGAGAAGAUGCAAGUGCAAAAGCUGCUGUUGAUGAAGUGCUUGCAUCUGAGACAGAAUUGGCAACCAAGCUGGAAGAAACACAAAGUCGGUUGAGGGAGGUUCAGAGUGAGUGGGAAGAGCUGAAAGAUGUUCAGGGACGAGAGCAGCAGCUGGUGGAGGACGAAACUAAGCGCAUGGAUCAGCUAACAUCAAAACGAGCCCACCUUAUUCAGAAACAAGCAGACGUUAGAGACAAGAUCCGUGAUUUGGGCACCAUCCCUGCUGAUGCACACGAUGCAUACAAUCAUAAAAGCAUUACGGAACUUCAACACAUGCUCGGAGAGAUUCAUGCUGAGCUUCGCCAAUAUGACAAUGUGAACAAGAAGGCGGCAGACCAAUAUGUCAGCUUCAAGGAGGAGCUGGAAGAGCUGAAGAAAAGACAUCUGGAUAUGAACAGCAAUAAAUCCAAAAUUCAGGAUUGCAUGGACAGCCUGGCUCAGCAGAAAGAGAAUUGUCUUCAGACCACGUUCAGGGGCAUCUCUAAGAACUUUCGGACCAUUUUCUCAGAACUCGUGCCUGGUGGAAAGGGAGAGCUCACAAUGAUCACAAAACAAUUGGAAGCGCCUGUAGAACGUGAUGAUGGUGGUGAUGAUGAGCCAGAUGUGGACCCUACCACAGAUCGCUACGAAGAGGUCAAGGUUAAGGUUGAUUUUGGUGGUGGGGAUGUGAUGUCGAUGAAGCAACUGUCGGGAGGCCAGAAAACUGUGGUUGCCCUGGCUUUAAUUUUUGCGAUCCAGCGCUGCGAUCCAGCACCUUUCUACCUUUUUGAUGAGAUAGAUGCGGCACUGGACCCUCAGUACCGUACAACGGUGGCGCAGAUGCUCCAAAAGCAGAGCGAGGAUGAAAACAACCAUGCUCAGUUCAUCUUAACGACAUUUCAUGAGCAGCUUGUGCACGUCAGCGAUCAUGUGUAUGGUGUGUCACACACAAACAAGAUUUCUCGGGUGGACAGAAUCCAGCACCAACAUGCCUUGAAGUUUGUGCAAAAUCAGGGCGAUGGUGAAGAUGAGGCGGAGGGGUGA